GCUGAGCCAGGCGCUAUGGAAUCAGUAACAGUCCCAACAGAAGACCCCAGAGACCUGAGAGCCUGCCCCAAAGUCAGGGGCCUGGAGACGGACCUGGAGACUAGCUCAGGUGGAAAGCCGGCCCGCCAUCAGAAGGCCAUCCCCAAAGCUCACCUAACUUUUGUUAUCGACUGUACUCGUGGGAAACAGAUCUCCCUGGCAGCAUUCCCAGGGCCACCCCGCGUCCCUAGUCCCAACCUAGGACCUGUCAUCCCUCCAAUGAAGACUUACAUCUUGUUAUGUGGGGAAAACCGGCCCCCCCAUGUAACUCAGGAGGCUCCCCUAGGUGGGGGAGGCCUUGCCCAGACCAGGGGCCCCCUGCCACCCUGCAGAGAGACUACGGCCCCAGCUUCCUCCCCAGCCAGCCCACUCUGCCUCCAGGGGGCUCCUGAAGCCAAGGGGGGCCCUGUGAAGACUGUGUCCUCAAGGUCUUCAGCUUGGGGAACGGUCAUAGUCUCGCUCAAAGCCCUCUCCUCCUGUGUCUGUGGGCAGGCUGAUUAACUGGAAGAGCCUGGCCAAGGGAGGAAAGGGCUGGCAACCCAAGCUCCAGAGUUCAGCGGAUGCAGUUCCCAGGGUUCACUCCCUCUUCCCCAGCCAAGCAGAAGUCUUCUGUGCCUGAGCCAAGAAAGGAGCAUUAGGUCCCUAAGGGACAUCUGAAACAGCCACGAGCAUCCUACUUCUCCAUCCUCUCCAUCUUUGUUCGCCUUUCAGCGGAAGCAGGAUAAGGCAACGCCACGUAGAAAGAGACUAAUUCACUAACACAGCCAAUUCUGAAGGAGCAUCUCCCACAUGCCAGGCCCUGCAAAGUGCUAAAGAAGAUACUACAGCUUUCUUGGAGCUUGUACUCUUGGGG